AUGAAGUUCUCUGCUCUUGCAACCGUCCUCGUCUCCCUCGGUCUCGGUGCCGACCUUGCUGUCGCCAAAUGUGAUAGUGGUUGCUACCUCAAGGUCUGCGACUGGAGAAACCUCAAGGGCAAUUGUCAUACCAAGUGCUACCAAGGCAAAGACAUUGGCCAUGUGGUCAAGGUUGACAAAUCUGGCCUCAAGGGGCCCAUCGUUUCCGCAAAGAGCAGUAACGGUUGCGGGUGUACCUUUGGUUACAGCAGCGGAAGUGCCUGCCAAUAUGUCGGUUCCGGUUCCAAGGGAACCAACUUCGCGACCCAGUGUCUCAAGGGCGUCGACGAGGUGCAGUGCAACAGGCUCUAA